CAAGUGUCAGUAGAGAAUCGUCCAAUUCUGCUGUGAUGAAAAAUUAAAUUCCCUCACUUCUGGUGGAGCCAAGUAAGAAUAUUAUGUCUCGAGUAAUAAUGGCAAUAACAUAAAACUUGACGAAUGUUGCUUUAGCUGAGGUGAAAUGAUGACAGACACGUGUGUUGAAGGCUGUGUGUGUAUAGCCUGGUGGCCCCUGCCUCGUCCCUCUCAGACUCGGUAACUCACAGUGGAGUCGCUCGUGUUAAUAAACUCGAAUAGGACUUAUGCACUCUUCACAGUAAAUGGUGUAAAGGGGGGUAUAAUUCUCAAGAGACUUUUUUUAAGAUUCCUUUGUUAACGAGGAAUGGUUUUACCCUCCCUCCUCCUCAGCCUCUGGUCCAGUCUCUGUGGAUGCUGUGAUCUUGCACACCACUAGUCUGGACUUCAAGGCUUGGCUUUAAAGGUUUGAUAACUGUAUCCUAGCCCAGUUGUGGGCACUGCCAUACUCACGCUUGCUUAUCCCACUCCUUGCGCUUCCUUCAUCUUAGAACAAUUGGAAAGGACACUGCAUGGCCUGCAUGGAUAUUUAUCCUAGGUACUAAGUGGGAAAAAUGCCUUUUGCCCUCUAUUUCCCAGAAACGCUACUCGACUCUCAAGAAAAUUUGGAAAUAACAAAUGAAGUAACUACUACUGUGACAACAGACAGCCGAUUUCCUGGUUUUGACAUAACUGAAAGGUACUGGUACUCACAUAAGUUGAGCACGCUCUCUAGGAUAAGACAGCAACUAAAGAACACGGUCAUCAAAGAAAUUAUGAUGAAGGCCUCACUUAGACGCUGUUCGGAUCCUCUCCGAUGCCAGCAUCUUUGGGAUGCAAUCACCACUAUCCGCAACCAUAAGCAGUUACCAUCAUUUGAUAGAAUCCGCCGCUAUAUGAGUCGGAUGCAUAACAUGAAAUCUGAUGAGGUGGAAAAACAUCUUGAAGAAUGUGCUAGUGACAACCUAAUUGCUGUCACUCGCAAGGUGGGCCAAAAAGGUUCCAAGGUUGGCAUCGAGCAAGAGGGGUUCAGAUUGCCGACACCACCAGAAGAGCCGGAUGGUCAUGAUUGGUAUUGCUUUGAAUGCCAUAAAGGCGGAGAUGUGAUCUGCUGUUCGAAGUGUUACCGUGUGUUCCACGAGAUGUGCAUCAACGUAGAAGAUCAUCCCUAUGACAAUGAGCCGUUUGUGUGUGUAGUGUGCAAGAAACGUUUAUAUCAGCGAAGUGUUAAAAGUCGGAUAAAUAGAGAUGACCUCAAUAUGCUCCUAGCAUUUACAGUUGAAAGGCUAAAGGAAAGAUUACCAGUGAAUAUCAUGGAAAGAGUCAUACCAGCCACACAAAAGCCUGGUGUGUUUCUCAGUGACCGAGCAGCUACCAGCCAUCAAGCACUUAUCCGUUCAGACCAGCUGAGUCGCGUUUCAGCUUCAGAACCUUGGAGAGCACAACUGUUGCUUCACCAUCAAAUGGAUUUAAAUACAAUGGAACAGAAGACGACAGAUUGCCGAUAUAAAACUAUUUACGAUUUUGAAAUUGACGCCCUGACAAUUGUACAUAAUGUUGUUAUAUACCAAGGAGUUCACAGCAGUGUAGCAGAUAUGGCUCGGCAAAUGUUGCGGGACUGUCAGUAUGAUCUGAUGGAAUUAGAACAGUGUAAAGACUGCUACCGAAUGUCUAAUGAAAAAUCUGACAAAUAUUGGUUUUGUAAACCUUGUCGACCUCCACAUCAACUAGUAUAUGCCAAACAAAAGGGAUUUCCGUAUUGGCCAGCAAAGGUCAUUAGAGUAGAAAAUGAGCUGUAUGAUGUAAGAUUCUUUGGAAGUCAACAUCAAAGAGCUGUUAUAGAGAAAUCUCAUAUUCGUCCAAUAUCCGUUAAUAUACACACGCUCCAGGUUAAAAGAACUUCAGCGUGGAAUAAAGCUUGUGAAGAAUUGAAAAAACACCAGGAGUUUCUCUCAAUGAUGUCCAAUCAUGAGCCAGACCAUAGAAAUAUGCGAACAGAUUCAGAGGCUCGACAUAAAAGUGAUUCAUUAUCUCCUGACCAAGAAUCUCGACAUACUCACAGAGUUCAAACACAACUGAUGCAAACUCCCCAGAAGAAAGAAAUAAAGGAUGAAGAGGAUAUAAGUGGAAGUGAUGAGGAUGUAAAUGAUGCUAAUGAUGAUGACGAUGACGACGACGAUGACGACGAUGAUGAUGACGAUGAGGAGGAUGAUGAUGAUGAGGAGGAGGAGGAACACGUGGGAGAAGAGGAGGAAGAGGAAGAGGAAGAUGAUGAACCAGAAGAAGAACAAGCAUCCUCUAUAUCAUCCACGUCUAAAGCAAAAACCCCAAAGAUGAAAAAGAAGGAACCUCCAGCCCCUGAGGAUGUAGUAUCUUCAUCAAGUCAGGAACUGCCAACACAUUCUGUUGGUAUACAAACUUCAACAAGACUAAUGAAGAUGGCACUGGAGGAAUUUGGUGAAAGGAGCAACAAGAGAACUAAAGACACAGAGAAAGCAAUGAGAGACCUGGCUGAAAAGCUAAGACGAGAGUAUGAAGCAGAGAAACAAAAAGUAAUCCAGUCAACCAUGAAGCAGGUGGAGAAGGAGGUUGAUAGAGUCAAGGAUGAGUACCGAACUAAGAUAAAUGAAAUAGAAGACAAGCACAAACACGUGGUAUCUGACACAAAGAAAAAACAGUGGUGUUGGACAUGUGAAGCCGAGGCAAUCUACCAUUGCUGCUGGAACACGGCCUACUGCUCUAUUGAGUGUCAACAAGUUCAUUGGCAUAAGGAGCAUAAAAAACUGUGUCGCAGAAAGAGGUAACUUUGUGCAUAUAGGGGAACAAGUUGAGGGUCGAGAGAUAAGAGAAUAUUUUUAUGGAUUUUUGGAAAAAAUUUAAAAUUGUGCUAUUUGAUUAGAGUUUGCAUGGUUACAUACUGUACAAAGUUUAUUACAGUACACCAGUUGUAAAAAUUUUAUGAAACGGGAUAAUGUGUAAUAUGUGGAAAGUGACUCUUUCCAGUGAGAAUCCCUAAGUAGGUUAAGGUGAUCAGAAUGUAUAGUAAGGUACAUGACCAUGUUUACUUUUAUACUGUAAAUAGCACCCCAUAUAUUACCUUUGUCAUGGUUUUUGAAGCAGCUGUUGACUCAGCCACCUGAUGUGAGAAGCAUCAAGGGUUGCAUAGAUAGGUGAAGAACCUUGGAGUGCAGCUUGGCUAGAAGACGACGUCAGUCAGCUGCUGCUGCUCCACUUGGACAUUACCUGCAGAUUUCUGGUGAAGUUUUUUACAUUUGCAGAUAGUAUUUGGUAUCAAAUUAUUUGAAUGUGUAAGAUUUUGGUUUUGAUUAGUGUGUGAUGCAAUUUUUUCAAGGCAAGCAUGUACGUAUGUGCACAAAGCUGUUGAGUGCAUUACCCGAUUUGAAUUUUACCUCCACCACAGGUGACCGAUCCAUUCAUACAAUUAUAGACAACUCACUAGGUAGCCAUUUUAGAGUGUGCGCAUGUGUUGAACUGCUGCUGUGGUCAGCAAUUAAUCUGCCGAGUCAAAUAUGUUUCUUCCCAUAGAUAAAGCGAUGACAGUUGUUGGUAGGAAUACUGUAUAAAGAAGAUAGCUUGCUGGCAAGCAUGUAAAUUUAUACCCCCUACCUUCAUUACAUGGUCAUGAAGCACAGGCUGGUGCAAGGAUACAUGAAUACAGUAACACAUUAGUUUCCCACCAGUCACUAAAGUCCCUCUCGAGGAAGUGAUACUCGGUUGCAUAUUGUGUGUGUUAUUGUUGCUCGCACAUUAUUGAGUUGAAUCUUCAUUCUCAUCUUUGUAUUCACUCAAAACUGUUGCAAUUAAUGAGUGACGAUUUUUUAUUUGUAAAAAUUAUCAUAUUUAUUUUACAAUGUUUGUUAGAAAAUUACUUUGUUCUGAGUUGUUCUCAGGUUGACAAUCUGAUGAUGAAUCUUCUGUGAAGAAUGAUCUUUUGGGGCUGUACAUUAUUGUGGUCAGGAUUUUUUCAUAGAUUUAUGUAAUGUUUAGGAAUAAAGUAUAUUGAUUUUUGCCUUAUGAAAACACAUUAUUUUACAGUUUAGGCAGCUUAUUAUUGUAGGUACUCUAAUUAUUUUUCUGAUUGCAGCCCUGUGAAGAUAAAAAAAUUGUAGUUUUUGGGUAGUAAUGUGUCAGGGAUACUUUGAUUUAAUGCAAAAAUGUCUAAUUAUAAUAUACAGUACAGUAUUUAGUUUCAGCAGAGUGGUAAUAUUUAUAUUUUCUGGGGGGAACAUCCACGGUGUCUCCCUGAAGCUAUCUUGCUGAGAUUGCUCUAUAAUAAUAGGUCACAUCAAAUGUUUAAGUUCUGUUUGGCCUACCAGGGACAAGGACCAGAACUUGGACCCCUCACAGAAGCGCAUGGAGCGCGUGACAAUUUGCCACCUGAAAAAGCCUCCAGAAAUUCGGCAAAGCCUUACAGAGCUGGAGUGUUCACAGAAAAUGAAGCCUCAAAACCAUCGCACAACUCCCCAAACUAUUCACACAGAUUUAGGGACUUGCUCAAACUAGCUCAAAACUCAUUGGUGACAAUUACCACCACCAGGCAGCUCAGCCCCACUCUCGGCUGGCUCCCAAUCUCGGCUCUGUUGCAGAUGUGGUGGACAGUACCUCUGCCUUUACUGUUAGGUCUGCCAUUCUUGAGAAAGUACCAUCUCUUCAAGUUAAGUGCCGAUUAUCCUUGGACUUUGUCCUUCAAGGGCCAUUUGCUUGUUGCAUUGAUCCUUAUUUUAAUAUUAGUUUCACAUGCAAGUUUUUUUAUCUAGCUUUUUGUGUGGGAUUGUUUUUUAUUUAUUUUUCUUCUGCAUGCAUUCAGGGUUGUCUUCCCCGCGUGCCUGCUAAAUCUGCCCAUGCACAGUCGAGAGUUAUCUUCUCUGGUGUGUUCGGGAGGUUGCCGCUGAAAGGCCUGGACACCAUGUUAAAGACCUUGCCUUGGGCUAACCAUGAAUCUUUGAUUCCUUUGUUGAAGUCCUUGUCUCUGUGCAUUCUGUCGAUUGUGGUGGGGGGUUCACAUGAUUGUUUAAACACCAUGCUGCAGUUAUCAUUUGUAGCCUGGUGGUUUUAGCUGCAUUUGGUGACUAUUCUUCUAGCAUGCGGCCCCAGUGCCUAGGGUUUCUGCUUAGCUACCUUCAGACCCUGGUAAUCCCCUUGCAGGUGUCUGGCGUGGUCUGUUAUGGAACAGCACAUAGAGUCCACCAUUGCUGAGUGCAAGUUUGAAGGGUGCUUUUUAUCUGUGCUGCCUGACAAUGAGCAUUGUUUCUACCUGCCAUGCUGCCUCCUUUUCCUUUCCCCAUUGGCAUGGUUAGCUCUGCUUGUGGUCUUUUCUCCCCAGGUACUGCCUCCAAAACAUUUCAGGGUUUCAGAGUUAGUUGAACAUUUUGGGGGAUGGAUGUGUUUGGGAAGGACUUUGGCUUUGCUGCAGAUCCUGGGCUUCUGGGGCCCAUUAUGUUCACAAGUUCACAGCUAAGGCCACUGUCUUCUACAACAUGUCCUGGCAUGAUAUUUGGACAUGGUGGUUUUUGCAUUCUAGCAGGGUUGUGGUGACCCAGUAUUUAGUCAGUGUUCCUGGUGCUAGUUGUGUGUUACUGUGGGCUGUGUCUCCUGGCCUGGGUUCUCUCCUUUGUACUAGGACCUGCCACCUCUCCUCCUCCUCCCUGAUUUUGUUCUCUGUGGUUAGUUAACUUCAGGGAACCACUGGGUGGUUCUCCCUAGAAACUAGGCAUUGAAUGCACUGAAAUGCCACAUUCUGGAGGAGCCCCGGUGACCUCCUCUCCUCCCCUCCUUAGUUUGUUGGUUCAUUGCUAGGUUGUUCACCUGCUCCAGAACUAAGAUAAGGAGCCAGCUGAGGCCUGGGGCUGGACCACCUGGUGGUGGUAAACAGGGCUAACGAGUUUCAAGCUAGUUUGAGUGAAUCCCUCGUUCUGCGUUGUUUUCCGAGUUUGUUUUGAGGCUUCAUUUUCUAUGAACCUUCCUGUUGUCUGUAAAGCUUCACUAACUUUCUGGAGUUCUUUUUUCAGUGGAGUGGCGAAUUGUCACUCACUUUCUCUACCCUGUUUUCAAGCUUGGGUCUGGGCUGGGCUUGGGAAGUAGAACUCUCAUAACCCCAUCCAUGUACAAUUCAUCCUGGUACAAUCCAUCCAGGUACCUCUGUGAGGAUGGUGGGAGGGGGGAGCAGUUCUUAUUCUGGUCCCCAGUAGGCCAAGUCUAACUUCAAUGAAUGAUGUGACCUUUUAGUAUGGAGCAUCUCGAAGAUAACUUCAAGAAACCACUGAGGCUCCUCCAGGAAAAGUAUUCCAUUAUAUUCAAUGCUGGGCUUUUAUUAUUAUGAUAUGAAGUCAGGUAAUGUUAAACAUUUUAUCUCUAUUAAAAUAUCAAUUAUCAAUGUUAAUAUGUUUGUAGAAUUUGUAAACUUUAUAGUUUUCCUAAAUUGUUGUUUUGUGGUGCAGUUAACGAAUAAAAUAAUUUAUGUUUACUGUAUUUAUGUAAUUUCUUAAAGCUGAUUUCUGAUGAACCAACAUUCUUCUAGGCAAAAACCUAUAAUUAAAUGUAAAAUCCAUGCUCUCCGGAGUAAUAUUGCAGGAACCCUUUAGCCUAGUGUAGUUGCUCAGAAUCAAUAUUCUGUUAAUAUUUGUUAAGAUUGAAGUUGUUUUUGUAAUCAUUUAUCAGGUAUUAUUAUAUAUUAAUGAUAAACAAAAUUGAUUUUGAGUUCUUUAAAGUAAAAAUAGCUGUAUUAUUAUUAUUAUUAUUAUUAUUAACAAAUUUAUAGGUACUGUAUCUAGGUUUUAUCCUAAAUCGAACUUAGUUAUGGAUAAUGGCAGCUGCAAAGCAGAUGUUUUGGGAAAACUCAAGUGAGAUUUUCCCUGCUGUUCAAGUCAAACUUGACAAUAACAUUGUUAUUUUAUAUUAGUGUGUCUUCUGAUUAACAAAAUAGGUAAGAUGUUUUAAUUAUGUGGUGCCAAAACAUGGUUGAUUGAUGCCUAUAGUAUUUUUGUCAUAUACAGUAUUUGUUAUGGUGGGUAUCUUAUCUUGAGGUUAUCUUGAGAUGAUUUCGGGGCUUUAGUGUCCCCGCGGCCCGGUCCUCGACCAGGCCUCCACCCCCAGGAAGCAGCCCGUGACAGCUGACUAACUCCCAGGUACCUAUU